GAAGACUGAAGCGGAAGUAGCUGCUGAAAGAAACUGUGUAGUCACUGUGUGACCGGUCUCCAAUCAAGCUUUUAAUAAAUUAAAUAAUUCCUAGCUUUGGUUGUUUUCUUCAUUACCGGCACCAUGUCUAUAAUGUCCUAUAACGGAGGGGCUGUCAUGGCCAUGCGUGGGAAGGACUGCGUGGCGAUUGCAUCUGAUCGGCGGUUUGGUAUCCAAGCCCAGAUGGUCACCACAGACUUUCAAAAAAUCUUCCCCAUGGGUGACAGACUCUACAUUGGCUUGGCAGGACUGGCCACAGAUGUGCAGACCGUAUCGCAACGGCUCAAAUUCCGUCUCAACCUGUACGAGCUGAAAGAGGGUCGUCAGAUCAAGCCGAAAACCUUCAUGAGCAUGGUGUCCAACCUGCUGUAUGAGAGAAGGUUUGGGCCAUACUACAUUGAGCCUGUGAUUGCUGGUCUGGACCCAAAAACCUUUGAGCCUUUCAUCUGUUCCUUGGACCUGAUUGGCUGCCCCAUGAUAACCGAAGAUUUUGUGGUCAGUGGCACUUGUGCCGAGCAGAUGUACGGCAUGUGUGAGUCAUUAUGGGAGCCUGACAUGGGUCCAGAGGAUCUGUUUGAGACUAUUUCACAGGCAAUGCUGAAUGCAGUUGAUAGAGAUGCUGUUUCUGGCAUGGGAGUUAUAGUGCAUGUCAUUGAGAAAGAUAAGAUAACUACACGGACCCUGAAGGCCAGAAUGGACUAGAAACACAAAUGCCACUGCUUUUCCCUCCUCAGAAUACUCUUUUUUUUGUAUGUAAUAGAAAAAAAACAUUUUGGAUCCAUUUCUUCUUUGAGAUGUGGUGUUCAAUAAAUUGAUCUACCAUUUGA